UUCACUCCACUGCCCCACUUGCUCAUCUCAUUGAGACGAGACAAAAAGAGAAGGAAAAAACUAGUCUGAUCACUGCUUCAUCUUCAAAUGGAAGAUAACAAAACGACAAUAAUCAACCGCCUGGAGGCCGUGAAGCGCAAUUCCGGCAAGAGCUGCAGUCAGAUAGCAGAGCAAACUGGGCUGACAAAUGUGUAUGUGGCCCAGUUACUAAGACGUCAGGCUCAACUUAACCCUGAUACUGCCCCAAGCCUACGGGCAGCCUUACCUGAGCUGCCCGAGGACCUGCUUCAGGAAAUGAUGAGACCUCCCAUGAGGUCCUAUGACCCGAACUUGAUUCAAGAACCUUGUGUUUACAGGUUGAAUGAGGCAGUGAUGCAUUUUGGUGAGAGUAUAAAGGAAAUCAUCAAUGAAGAGUUUGGUGAUGGCAUCAUGUCAGCUAUAGACUUCUACUGCUCUGUUGACAAAGUGAAAGGUGUAGAUGGAAAGGAUCGUGUAGUUGUGACAUUUGAUGGGAAGUAUCUGCCUUAUACUGAGCAGAAGUCAGAGCAUAUGGUUUCAAGACCAAGGCCUCAUUGAAGUUGCUGAAUCAGGAUGUGGACACGGAAACCGCACUUAAUAAAGACUUUGGACUUCCUGGGGGCUUUGUUAAAUUACUUGGAUAUGGAUUUUAUAGAUAUUCAAUAAGGUCAAGAUCGAGAACUGUAUUAUUACUUGAAUCCUUAAUGUUUCCUGUUCUAAUGUAUGUUGUGCGUUUGAAUGAUAAAAGGUUGCCAAACAUUCUAUUA